UCUUCCAAACAAAUUACACCAUUUCCCUUCUCGCCCAUAAACUUAUUCAGACAUUGAAAACAACAACAACACGGGAUACCAGGCUCUCCAGUUCCGCCUCUGUUGGUAUUAUCAGCAAUAGUGGUAGUAACAUGCACUCUGUAAGGCCAUCUUCCACAUUUGAAAAUCAAACCAGCAACCACGAUUCCAGUCUGUUGACACAAAGUUCCUCAGAAGAUUCAACAACGUUACCCCGAUCAGAACUAGCUAAAGAAUCAUCAUACGAGACACAGCCGUUCUCAUUCUCAUCUUCCUCGCUCUCGUCUGCCACUUCAAUUUCAACCUCCUCUCUUGUAUCUUCAUCCUCACCCAAACGAAAAGUAGGAAUAACCAAUACAAUAUCUACUCCGAUCUCCAUUGACGGAGCCAAUGUUUCAAAAAGUCUACAGUCAAAUAAUCAUACUAAUGAGGAUGAGCAGGGCAGAAAACUACCUAGCUUUUCCGACAUAAGAACUACCCCGCCAUUGGCCCACCGAGGUACCGAAAACAGUAAUGAACAGAGACCUCCUUCAGCUGGAUCAGGGAGGGCCUUGUUUUCUGAUAUUUCACAACCUCAGCCAUCACUAUACUUUGGAGACUAUCUUUUUCCUGAAAACCCAUCCUUGUGGGAUCUACGCCAGAUCUUCUUUCUCGACAAGACCUCGAAGCAAAAGGAUUUCCGUCAAUCGCUUCAACUUCAUGCGCAUCUGAUGGGUUUGAUGCUUUCUGCCAGAAUCUCGCGCGGACUUGAUCUUGCAUAUGACCAUGCACAUGAUGCGUUCAAGAACAGACAGAGGCCUGAUCGACGAAACGAAUUCAUAUCGACGUUUAAUCACACUCAUGAUGAGACAGAGCGUAUCCUGCAUCAUGCAUUGGCUCAUCCUCAGCCUCGACCCAGCUUUCUGGAUAUGAUAAGUCCGUCUUCCUCUACUGCUGUUUUGGCAUUUUUACACCGCCUCAGAACUAAUCAUUCUAUACUCGCCACUGCAUUCCGCAAUCUACAGUCACAGGAGUUGGAUUCUCUUCUUUUACCAGAACGACCUCCUUUAUCAAUGUCAUCGCCAUUGCGGGGAAGCCGGGAUCGAGGGUAUAGCAUUCAAUCAGGAUCUAGUGGCCACAGCUCACAUCAAAUACCCACUAAUAGCUCAACUAUCGCUACUCAGCGCCAUCAAUCGCAUCAGGGCACCAUGCAAAACUUUGUUAAUAACCAAGACAUUGUGCAUAUCAUUCUUACUAAUCUGUUCGGCCCAUCCUCGUUUGAGCGUGAGCACAUCUUACGGACAGAGGCAUUGACGAGCAUUUUUGUUGCGCUUCUUUCAGAGAAAAAGGGCGAGCGCCUGAUGACGGAGAUUCUGGAACGAUAUGUAGCUCAAUCAGAAUGGCAACAGGGUUCUCGUGUCAAAGCCAAGUUCGAGAAAACACUUUUAGACAUCAUUCGUAGGGGUGACCUGGAUUUGGCAGGCUUCUCAGACGAAGAGCUCAGUGCAAACGUCCUGCCACUUGCCCAUCAUCAGCAACCCUUGGGUAGAAUGGCCAGUGUUCCUGUUAUAAAGACAGCGGCUAUCGAAAGUACACCAAUUCAUGUCCAUCAUUCCCAUCAUCAAGGAUCUAUAGAACCUGAGGAAUUGACCACCUUACCUAUAUCGACCGAUCCACGGAUCCAUAUCCCAGAAAUGACGGCACGUCAAGCUACUGUAGAGGAGUUUUAUAAGGAAUCAUGUCUCCAAAUUCUUGACAUGCUUAAGGAAUUUAGUCCACCAUAUCUGAUGGAUCUUUCCAGGCGGAUCUUUGAAGCAAUUGAUCAUCAGAUCAAGGCCUAUGCCUCUCUAAUUAUCAUUGUCAAGUUUUUUUUUUACCGGUUCAUGAAUAAGUGCAUCGCUUAUCCUGAGACGUAUGGCAUGAUGCAGGACACGUUUAUAUCUGAAAAGCAACGGCAACGUAUUUUAUUUACGACCCAUCAGCGCCUUUACCGGUAUGUUACAGGGAUCCUGAACCCUGUGCCUGGAAGUCGAUCGCUGACUGUUGAUCCUAGAAUACACGAGAAAAUCGAUGCUUUCGUUCAAUUGUUCUCUUCACCAACUCAGCCAAAGGAGCGACAACAACAUGCAGAAUAUACCUUAAAUCCGGUCUCUGAACUGCUUACACCUCCACCAGUAUCAGCUAGAUCUUCACUGCGUGCAUCAUUUAGCGGUGUCAAGGGAUCAUCGACCAUAACGCCUGUUCUCCUUCUUUGUCCAUCAGAUUUCACUACUCUCCUCUACUUUGUAUGCCCGUAUCUCAGAACAACCACAUCUUCGCCUGCAUCUACAGCGACAUUAAUGACCCGGUCCAGUAGCUUUAAUGGUAGAAGCGGAGUCUUGACUCGUCAAAGAACCUCAUCAGAGACACCACCAACCUAUUCAGCGGCCAUGAAGUCCGCUCUAAGCACAUCGGUAACAGAAGCAGGGUCUGGGACUGGAACGGGGACGGCAACGGCAUCAUUUACACAGUCAUCAGUAUCUAAGCUCUCUCAUCCACCCAGUGCGACUCAUAAAAGAGCGUCGCCAAGUUUUUCAUUUUUUGCUAGUGCUACAGCAUCACUACCUUUUAAAGCGAAGCCUCCGCCACCCAUUUCUCUCCCUCUGGAGAAGACACCCAGCGCACCUGCAGAAACUACAUUCAGCGGAUCUUCAUUUUUAUCACUAUCAGGAAUCAAACUUGGGCAAGCUGUAUCUCCCAGAACUGCGACAGUAGAAGUUACGAACACCUCGGGCAUUACAGCAGCCUCAUGUAUUAGCUCCUCAAACCCAAAAAGUGUAAGCAACUCUUCAACAAAAAGUGGACUUUCUAAAAUACCUCGGUCCACCGAAUCGAUACCCAUAAUUAGGCAUUGGACUGAUGAAAGUUUGCUGCCUGAUUUGAAGACCGCCAUUACGGAGCUUAAGAGGGUUCAGCCUGGGCCUAUUAAGGAGGUGCCGUGGGCAGUGAGCAAUCCAGGACUAACACCUCUGCGCGAGCCUUGGGCUUUAGCGUAUGUCCAAUACACAGACAUCAAGUAUUCAAGGGAAGAUCCGGAUGAGUUUGAGCGGACCCAGUUGCGAUCACAACCACAGUCACAGGAUAAUACUCCAUUAGAAAGUAAAGAUUCGGAAUCCAAUAGUGCUUCAAUCGAAGUCGGGUUGGCUCUAGCCCCACCAUGCAUGGCCAUGGUCAUGGAAACCUCUAUGAUUAGCGGUGGAUCGCGCAUUGUAACAGUAACAAAGCCUAUGCUAGUGGAUCAAGUUAUGGACUCCGCCGGUACUCUGAGAAGUUUUGAGCCCAAUACUGAGCUCGACCUCGAUGUUGGCGAAUCAGACAAUGAAUCUCUUUUGUCAUCUGAGGAUAGCACUUUGGCUCAGAGACAACAGACGUUCCUGACAGCAGAGGACAAAGAGAUGUCGAUCUUGCGGGUAAACAGCAGUCAUAUGCUUUCAUCCGCUGAUGAAUCCGGUACCAAGACAAUUACAUCUGUUGGUGGACAGAGUGACCCAGCUGGAGGUCAUCAGAGCGCAUGGGCCGAGGCUCAGAGAUCAUCAGCUAGAUCAAAGCGAGCUGCAGCAGAUCGUGCAUGGAAAGCCAGGAUCCGUCACGCUGUUCAAUCCGAGGCGGAUUUGCCUGAAGAAGUUCAAACAAUUGCUAGAUCGAUUUUUAAGAUUCUCCGAGAAUUUGAUAUCCCAGAAAUGGAUGGUGAAUACGAUAACAAUGAGUGCUACUGGGAUCUUCAACACCUAGAAGGUAUUCACGAUCGAACCAUGCCAUCGCCAUCACCACAUAUUAGUCAUAAAAGCAUCCAUUCGCUCCUUGCACGGGGUAUUGAGCAGGCUCGCCACUUUGGUAACCAUGCAGCUGCUAUUGGUUUUCAUCACUCGCUAAAGAUCUUGGAGUCGUCACCCGUCUUGCAACAGUUGGACAGCUCUAAAAUCAUAUAUCUCUUAGCCAUGCCUAUCAAGCACCGAUUAGAGCAUCGAGCAGGGCGUGCUAGGAGUAGAACUAUGUGGGAGAACUUUGCGCAUUCAUGGCAUCAUAGGCUUGUGGCGGCAAUUGAGCGCAAACGAGAGAACUUAUCCUCGUUACGCCUCAAAAUGUAUUACCAAACAUGUGUAAGAACAUCGCGCGCAUUUGAAAAGUCUCUUGGAGUCGUCGUAUCCUUAAGCAGAUUAAAUAGGCUUGCGCUCAGAAAGGGUCUUUCGUCCGAAGAGCUAGAGCGCUGUAAUGGGGCAUUUCCGGAUUGGAGCGAAACAGAUUCGAGGUCAGGAUUAGGUCGACACAAUGGAUAUACCAAUCCUGGAUGCAAGGCAUCUUGCUGUGACCAUCACCUUGUCCAGGGAGUGCAUGGUGGCGAGUCGGAGGGAAAUGCGGAAAAUUCAUCACGACGGUAUAGCUCCAACACUGGGCAACAUGCGUCCAUCCUACGGACAUCCAAAAUCAGAAGAAGUAGCUUCAGUACGUACAUUGAUAACAUGACUUCUAGGUCGUUUGGCCCUCCAUCCUUUUUGGAAAGCAGUCUUGGUCACUUGAAGGAGAAGGGAAAACCACCUUUCUCUAACAGCUUUGGAUCCCAGAAUGUGUUGUGGUCCGGGAAUACAAAUAACUACGCUGGACCCAUUGGGUCAUCGAAUGAUCUGAUGGAUAUUCAAAGCGAUUUUGUGAUGGAUGCGCGUGAAUUGGAAGCCGUUCAGCGCUGGGUGACUGAUUCAGGUAUCCACAAUUUCUUGCCUGGUGAGGAUAACUUUCUCAGGUUCUGCAUGGAAGUCGAGUCUAUCGUUCGUGGGAUAGGCCUUGGUGGAACUGGGAUCCAAGGUGCUGGGAUCCCUCAAGCUCAGAAUGGAGUAUUGUCGCCAUUGCUCUCUAGCAGCGGAAGUGAUUUUUUUGUUAAGGAAGUUGCAAAGUUCAAUGGGCAGUUCGUUGCGGGAAUGGCGCCUACUGACCAGGCAGCACCGAUCACAAAGACUAGCAGCGGCGGUGGAGUUGCAGAGUUUUUGGUCAAUUCCUUCAAGGGCGGACAUUCUGCAUCGCACGUGUCAACCACAACUGGAAGCUACUCUUUGUCGCAGGCAGCCUCAACCUCGAAUUCUUCGCUAAGCAAUGCUCUGAAUAAUAAUAAUAGUAGCGGUACCAGCAGCGCACAAUCCCCACAGACAUCGGCCAGCGCUACUAAUCAUCUUGGCACAAGCAGGCUACAAGGACGUUCAAGAGUUUUAAAUCGACAAGCGUUACAUAUCAAUAAUCAGAUACAGCAAGACACGCUCGAAUUUUUACAUGACAAUCCAUCUUCCAUCUAUGCAUCCCCUCCUGGCCCCACAUAUGCUUUAUACAAUCCACCUUACACAACCACUUCGCAUGGCGCAUCAUCCUCUUUUUCUUUAUCAGGAUCCCAAGCAUCUGGAACAACUAGUGGAGGAACAUCUGCAACAGCAUUUGCACAUCAAACCAAUCAUUUACCGAAGGACAUGCCCGAGUUUUUGAGAAGAGUUCAGCUCAAGCUGACCAGUUUUGUGCUCUCAGAGUGGCUAGAUUUGUUUGGCGAGGUGGAGGCUGAUCGUUGGUUUAUGGAAUUUUUGGAGGAAAUGGAAUCUCGCACUACCAAGGACACGAAGGGUAUCGUAGAGGUACGCAACGAGAAUAUCGAUAAUCAUACCGCCUCCUCUAGAAUAGAUGUGAACCAUGACAACUAUUUUAUGCCCUCCAAUCAGAUGGAUGUACGCGCCAAGCUCCAUGAAGAUCAGAAACCAACAUCAUUGUCGACAACUGCAAGCUUAAUAGACCUGGCAAGCUCCCAGAGCAGUACAAGCAGAUUGAGCCUUAAUAGUAUUAUGGAUUCGGGUCCCCCGGCUGGUUCUACAGGCACGAGCUGGCAAAGCGCACAUAACAGAAAGGGGAAAAGCCCCUCGUGGGAGGCUAACCAGUUGAAAGCAUUGAAUCGUAAUAUCAAUGUGAAAUCAUCGGCAUCUGUAUCGACGUUUUCGGCUACGCAAUCUCUUCAGGAUUCAUCUUCUCAUAGCUCCAUGCUUGACAGUACUAGUUUGCCUCAACAGCCCCGUCUGUCACUAUCGUCUUCAUUACUGUCAUCACCGUCACAAGAGGGCACUUGUGGUGAUACAUUUGCAAAGCAAUGUCAGAAUAUAACCUCCUUGGAGAGGUCGGCCACAGUCCCAGCCAAAAGCCUUUUGAACGUUCAGGCUAAGAAACCACAUACUCCAAACUCUGGUACAACCAUACCAUGUCAAACCAUUGCACCGUAUGAUCUUCGAGAUGCCUAUAGCUCGACAAUGGAACAAUUCAACUCAACAAAGUCACCCUAUCAGAAGUUGGGUCAUCUUUUUUCAUUGGAACUGUUAAUCGUCGCGUCACUCUCAUAUCCUGAUUCGUGUGUAGAAGAUAAACGUGCUUGGACAGAAGACCUGAAGUCCCCAUAUCGUAAUGAUCAUCAGCAGCAGGCUCGCGAAAGCCGGUCAUCUUCUUCUCGACUCGGAACAUCCAAAGUUGGGAAUGAAGGACAGGAUCUUCUUGGAUCGCCACGGACUUUCACCCCUGGCACAGAUGCUAUCAUCAACGAAAUUGAGGGCUUGUUCCGGCACCGUGGGCCACGUGCGCUUAUUCAACCUCGAAACUUGCUUCGCGAUAUGCAACUUAUCGCAACAUUUAUUCCUGGUUCAAUUUUGGACUUGAGAGAUGAUGGCAAGGCGUUCUGGGACAUGGCAUUGGCGAUUACUAGUCUGAAGAGUGAAGUGGUUGAAUACAUCGUUCAGAAAGGAACCCAAUUUGUUGAGGUGAAGGAGAGCUCACGCACCAGCCAUAUCACAGGACGGGAUCUGAACACACAAAUAAAUAUGGAUGAAGGGAAUGACUUUGUCCCUUACGACGAUGAUGAGGAGCGUGCGCGGAUGGCAGAAGCUGUGCGACUCUUUUCAAUUGGUGCAAAGGAAUCCCAUCGGGUAGCCCAGCGCGAGCUUGCGAUCCUCUACAUGUCACUGCCAACGCUUCCUUUGUCAUCCUCUCCUAUGGUUGGUUAUUACUCGCCCCAAAUCACUCAAAACAGUCGAGCCCCCUCCCCCUUUUCUAUUGCCACAUCAUCCAAGUAUAGUAAAGCCCCUAUUCCCGGCAGGACUAGUACCCCGCCACUCCCUCCAUCGCCUAAAGGCACUUUCUCAAGCGCUUUUCUUGGCUACAAGUCUAGCACUGCUAGCAUUCCGAUUAAGCACAAGUCUCGUCAUCAACACAGUAACAGUGGGAGCGGUAGCAGUUUUGGAAGCGGAGUGCUCAGUGGACUAGGGAUUAUGACUGGUUUAGGAUCAUUCACUGGAUCAUCUAUCGGCUCUGGCGGGUCGACAGAUGGGUUGAAUGCCUCUACAGUAUCAUUAAACCAACAUCAACAACCAUCUCAACAUCAGCAGCAUCUACCAAGCGAAUUUUCCGAAGGAUAUCACAACAUAGAUCAAUACCCGGAAGUGCAACCAGGACGUCAUGCUACAGGGACCGGCAUGAUGUCUCAACGUCACCAUCUGCAGUCAAAUAUGCCGCCGCCACCUAAUUCUUCCGAACCUGAUAAGUUCAACCCUGAAAAUGUGGCAGCAGCUAUACAUUGGUUCACACUGGCCGCCGCACAGGGUGACAAGUUCUCCAUCAAUUACUUGAAGCAUAGAGAAACAGCUGGGGGCAUGCUUGAUAGCGUCUGAUCUUUCUGAAGCAAAGUUGCUUUUUUCUUUAACUUCAUCCUUUUUCUUUGCAUCAAUAUCAAAAUAUACCAUAC